AUCUCGAAGGCAUUCAAGCAAGGUGAUGCAAAGAAGAAAGAAGAUGCAAUUGUACAUAAGGAUUUAGAUUCAUCAAACUCGAUUAAAAUAGAUAAAGAUCCUAAGGGUUUCAAGUUAACAUUGCUUCCAUUCUCAAUAGAGAAUUCAUGGUUCCUUACGGCUUCUAUUCUUAAAAUAUUAUGUUCUAUCAUGAAGAGGUAUGCAAUAGAGCAAGAUUUUACAAAUAAGAAGGGGAAUUUGAAAGAUCACAAGGUUUUUACUUGUAGAUUGAUAGAUAGGUCUUUGUGCCUAACUAUGCUCGAGGGCUUUUACCAUGAAGUCGAAAUACUAUCCCGGGUUUUAAGAUAUGAUGAUAGCUUUUAUCAUCAACAAAUACUGGACAACAAAACCAGCAGUGCAUCUGGCCAGGGGCGUGAAUUCCAAGGGAAAAAAAGUGACAGUGCCUUUUUUCACUUAAACAAAGCUUAUUUACAGACAAUCAACACUGUCUCAGCAAUGAAAAACUAUGAUAUAGGCACAUCUAAGAAGAGAAUCCAUGAAGAAGAAGAAGCUGUAGCACUAGAAGAGCUUGCUAGAAUUACACAUGUUCUGCCAGAUCCUAUCAUUCACCACAUCCUUUCUUUUUUACCGACCAAGGAUGUUGUUCGAUUGCAAAUCUUGUCAAGAAGUGGGGGUCUGUCUGCCUAA